ACAAGAUGACGUCUCCAAAGUUGGUCUUUUAUCUGACGUGUUUGUUCUUGGGAAAAAUCGCUCAGACGACUGAUCUGAAACUAUCUUCAAGUGUUCGUCAAGAUAAACGUUUUAUAUCAGCUAAGGUUGGAGAAAAUGUGACUUUGCGAUGCUUCUAUAAAGCUGGUGAUACAAGUUGGAUUUACUGGUACAAACAAACUCUGGGACAGAAACUGAGGCUCAUCUCUUCCGCUUAUCUGUAUGAUGCAAGUCCCACUUUUUAUGAUGAAUUCAACAACAAGUCACGCUUUACACAGGAUAGAGGAAAUAGUACAAAUCAGUUGACAAUUUCAAAUGUGCACAUUGCCGACUCAGCUACCUACUACUGUGCAAUUUUCUCAAAAUUUGUCUUCGAUUUUGCGGAAGGCUCUUUUAUCGAUGUUCAGGGUUCAGGUUUGAACAUCACAGCUUCAGUCCAUCAGUCAGAAUCUGAGAUCAUCCAGUCAGGAGACUCUGUGACUCUGAACUGUACAGUACACACUGGCAGCUGUGAUGGAGAACACAGUGUUUACUGGUUCAAAAACUCUGAGCACUCUCCAGGACUCAUUUACACCCGUGAAGGCAGGAAUGAUCAGUGUGAGAGGAAACCCAACACACAGACACACACCUGUGUGUACAACCUGCCAAUGGAGAGCCUGAAUCCUUCUCAUGCUGGGACCUACUACUGUGCUGUUGCCUCGUGUGGACAUAUACUGUUUGGAAAUGGGACCAAGCUGGACUUUGAAGAUGAGGUUGACUCUCUUGUGUAUUUCUUGAGUGGAGCUUUGGCGUUCAACUCCAUUCUGGUCGUUUUACUGGCUUUCUUAGUGUACAAGAUGAAAAAGAGAAACAACUGUCAAUCAACAGAGUCUGAAGCAAGAUUAUCUACAGCAAAUACAGAGGGUCCCCGGAACGCAGACAGCCUCCAUUAUUCUGCUUUAAGGGUCAAUGUGCCCAACAGAAUAAGACGACAGAGGAACAUCCCCAAUGAUGAAUGUGUGUACUCUGGUGUCAAGCUGUAGACAAACCAUGUUUCAUUACUUAUGUUUAACAAAAUUGGAUUUAGUCAUGUUUUAAAAGUAACACGGUAAUGUAUAAGUAAUGAAGAGAUACAUUUGUGUAUAUCUUAUUGGUUUGCAGUGUAAAAGAUGCAGCAAAGAACGUAUUUACACCUCAUGAAUUAUCCCCCGUGCCAAAAGUCCUGAUGCCCCUCAUGUAGUAUGCUGGAUUGACAAGACCGCUUUUCACAUCUUGGCGAUGUAGUUAAUAUUGGACGGUUUUUGAUGAUACAAACAAGUUUUCCUUAACCCCUUAAAAACGUUGCCAAAUGCUGAACAUAUGAUUUUUUAUACUAAUCAUACCUUAGUUUCAUUCAUACAUAUUUUGGACAACGCAAUAAUUGUGUGCAUUCUUAUGUCCUUUGUAUGUCAUGUCAUGUCAUGAUCACAAGGGGCUAAUUUAUUAAAUGGACUGUUUGAUCUUGAGACAAAUAUAUAAUGAGCAUGUGUGUUCACUUCCUCAAAGGCCAUAUCUCAGUUUUAAACAAUCUUCAGACCAAUUUUUAUACAUUUUUAGAUUGUUCUAAACCCCAAAAAACUAAUUGUGUAUAUUUCAAAAGAGUGCGGGCGGAACUUUGACGUUCAUUCUCAGAACCAUACCUCAAUGAAAAUCUAAAAGCUAUAGUAUGGAAUUAAAACAAAGGAGUUCAGUUAUAUAUGAGAUUGAUCGACAAAACAGAGUCUGAACAGAAAAGAAGAACUUAAAUACAAACUAAUCAGA